CCCUGCACCUAGGGCAGGAAGAUGGUGGCCGCAAGGAAGACGAAAAAGUCACUGGAGUCGAUCAACUCUAGGCUCCAGCUGGUUAUGAAAAGUGGAAAGUACGUGCCGGGCUACAAGCAGACUCUGAAAAUGAUCCGACGCGGCAAAGCAAAACUGGUCGUCCUCAGCAACAACUGCCCAGCCUUGAGGAAAUCUGAAAUAGAGUAUUAUGCCAUGUUGGCCAAAACUGGUGUACAUCACUACAGUGACAAUAAUAUCGAAUUGGGCACAGCCUGUGGAAAAUACUACAGAGUAUGCAUACUUGCUAUCAUUGAUCCAGGUGAUUCUGAUAUCUUUAGAAGCAUGCCAGAACAGACUGGUGAAAAGUAAAUCAUGCACAAUUUUCCUUUAAUAAAACUGGCCAGAGCUUGUUUAAACAAAAAAAGAGAUAAA